ACCGGGUAGGUGCCUCUUCCGCUUCCUGUUAUAUCCAGAAAAACGUGCACGGUGUGCAGGGAAGCACGGAAUAGCUUCUAGAAAUGUCCGUGCUACAGCGUACAAUGUAAAAUUAAUGCACAUUUCAUUCACGUGAUACCAGAUCACAAUCGUGCCUUUCUUUUAAGUGCUCGAGCUUCAAGCGUACCCGCCUAGCCACUUAUUCAAAGCUCAAAAUGGGGCUAUCGGCGUCAAAGCCAAGAGAAGUGAGCGGACCUCUCGGUACGGUGACGGUCUACACAAAAACCGGCGAGGAAGAGAAGAAGCCGCCGUCCGAAUGUCCCAUGCACGGAGUCUGCGACGAGAUCACCGGCGCGUCCGCGACCAAGAAGCCGGAAACCUAUCUCAGCGAGUGUCCUAUGAGAGCCGGUGAAGAGCAGAUCAACCCGAGCAACAUGAUGCCGAGCCCGAACCAGAAGCCUGCUCCGGACCAGCCCUUCCCGCUGCCGACCGAGCGCCAGAUGUCGCGUAUUCCGAAGGCGGACGGCAAAGACGGUGAGGUGUGGGAGUACCCGUCGCAGCAGAUGUUCUGGAAUGCCAUGCUGCGCAAGGGCUGGCGCUGGCGGGAGGCGGACCUCGCGCCAGAGGACAUGGCCCACAUCAUCCGCAUCCACAACUCCAACAACGAGAUGGCCUGGGAAGAGGUGCUCAAGUGGGAGGCCCUGCACGCCAAGGAGUGCUGUUCUCCAAAGCUGAAGAAGUUUGGCGGAAAAGCGACGGACUACUCCCCAAGGGCUCGGAUACGCCACUGGCUCGGGUACGAGCUUCCGUUCGACCGUCACGACUGGAUCGUGGACCGGUGCGGCAAGGAGGUGCGCUACGUCAUUGACUACUACGACGGCGGCCCCGUGAGCGUGGACUCCGGCCGCUUCGCCCUGCUGGACGUCCGGCCAGCCUUCGACUCCUUUGAGAACGUCUGGGACCGAAUGAAGGUCACCUGGUGGCGCUGGACACUGCAGUGGAGAGGCCACCCCGAGUCGUCGGGAACGUCCGAGGCGCCUCAGGCUCCUGAAAGCGCACCCACGAAUCGAUAGGACAGUCCGUCGGCUCUUCGUCAGUCUACCCCUCCCUUACCCCAUUGUCGGUUUCGCCCUUUCCCCCGGUCCUAGGCAGAGUUUAUAGCAAAGGUGCAGGUCGUGUGCCACUUGAAGACGUUAGGUAGUGGCUCGUUUAGGAAGGCUUUUUUUUUUUUUUUUUGAUUCAAGCUUAAAGAUUUUUUUGAUGAGGCUAUGAUCACUGAUAGGGUGAGAACGAGAAGGAGGAACUGCAGUCAUCCUGCCUCCAGCGUGACCUUCUUGCCUUCGACUGAUCUUAGACGCCUUGUGCACUUCGAGUGUAUGCAUGCAGCCAACCCGUGGCGGAAGGCAUAAAGUGUGUGCUAGAGGCCGGGCAUUUCAAAGACUCGCCCCGCCAUUCUCAUUUUGUCGGUGAAAAUAGCUUGUGACAAAGCGGAGAAGUGAUUGAUUGAUGUAAUGUUUUAGGUCUUGGACACUGUAAUUGUUGUCUUGAACGCUUUGCAUUCAGACCCUCCUCCGACAAAUCCAGUUUGUGUUCUAGCUCCGUCUGCUCUAGACCUGGACAUUUCCUGUGUCAAUCAAUGAGAGUGUGCCCAGCAGUUGAUCUCCGUCUUGAUAACUUAUAAUGCUAGUCUGGAGAAGAGGGCGCACGAACGUGCCAACUAAUAUCGCACACAUGGCCACGCAGACGGGCACAUGGAACGGCCAUUGUUCUGUUUUAGUUCUGAACGCAGACAAUAUUUUUUUUUUUUGGCCAGAGACAGCCACAUUAAUGUCUGCGGCGUCCAGGCAUUGAGGCAUUCUGUACAUAUUUUAUUAGCUGUGGCUACCCUAGAAAUGAGCGGAUGCCAAGUGCUAGAAGUCUGGUUUGCGUCUUCAUCUGAAAUGGGCAAUAAACAGCACAAACCAAUUGUAUGACCCUGAA